AUGGAAGACAGUAAACAAAUCAAGUUAUCAAAAGGUAUCCUAGACAUGAAGUUCAUGAAAAGAACCAAAGAGAAGGUUGAAAAAGCAAAAGAAGAUGCAGAAGGGCAAUCCAUGUAUUCCAGUGAAAUAACAGACGAAAUGAGACGUACUGGAAACUUGGUAUUCAUAAGCACUAGCAUAGUGAACUGCAAAAACCUGAUAGAUGGUAGGCUCUCUUUUGGAGGAAUGAAUCCGGAAAUUGAGAAGCUAAUGGCAAACGAUUAUAGCAAACAAUUGGAAGAAGAAGAAAAGAAGAAAGAAAAGGAUAUUACGGAUGUUGAAAUGGCAGAAGGAUAUUCUACUGUAGUGAAUACAAUAGAAAAGAAAUUCAACAAAUCCAAGCAUAGGUCCAAGAAUAAAAAGUUCAUGAAGCCUGCAGAUGGUCCUCUGAUAUAA